UACAAUAUGAAGUGGGUAAUCGCUUUUAUCUCAUUCCUUUUCAUUAUGGGCUUCACUGAGGCUCGUUAUCAUCAGCUCAAUCAUAAAACAGGAGAUGAUAUUCUCUAUUCACUCAAAGCAGGAAACCACGAUAUUUACAUUAUGGCUUUCUAUCACCCAAAUCAGAGCCAUCAGCAUCUCAAAAAUUCAAACCAGCAUUUAAUCGAAGGUUUAAAAGGAGAUUUCCUCGAGAAGAAUGAUAUUAAGGACCUCUACUUUGCUGCUAUUGAUGGUACAAACCCUACAUAUUCACGCCUCAUGUAUGAACUAGAAAUUGAUGUAAAUGACCUAAAAGUUGAACCAGCCCUUUUCAUAAUGGAACACGGAAAUGGAUUCAUCAUGACCGGUCCAAGAGCUAUCAAUGAAAUGAAAAUGAACCUCAAUGAACUACUCGAUAACAGAUCUAAAGGAUAUUAAAAUUUAGAGUAAUUUGAACUAACC